AGAAUCGCUCCCGCUGCUGCGACCAGAGCGAGAAUUUCCAUGUUGGAAGCUCGCCGCGGACCGCUGUGGCUGGAAAGAACUGGCCCUUUUUUCGCUGCGAGCGAAUACGUGGACUGAAAAUCGCUACUUUUGCGUCAUGUGAAACGGCCUUUACAACCAGCGGUGAGGUGCCUGCACACUUACUUGCUCCGGUGACUUCUCACGCGCUGUGACAUCAACAGCCGCUGUCGAACGCUCUCGCUAGGUUGCUUCGUGAACUGCGUCAGUGAUUUAUCUUUUGUCGUUCGAAAGACGUGCAGCGGGAAGAAUGGCGAAGUCUUGUGUUCAAAGUACCGUUCUCAGCGUGGAUGCCACCCAAGAUGUGAAAAACGGUGAUUUUAGUGAUGAGCCAUUUACAGAACCCCACCGAAAAGAGGCCAGGGAAGGGGGCGGGAAACACAAAAAGAGGAAGCAUAAGCACAAGCAUAAGCAUCAUCGUAGUUCCAAGGACAAAAAACGCAAAUCGAGUGGUGACAAAGGCCCCCCUCCUCUGGACACCGUGACCAAUCGGGACACACUUCAAGUUAGCAACAUGAACCUUGAAGAGUUAGAAGAGCAGAAAGCAAUUUUACAGGCCAAGCUUUAUACACUUGUGCCGAGUGACUAUGGAAGCUCAGAUGAAGAAAUUCACAAGGGCAAGAAGACCAAGCUGUCUAGCAAAAGCCAAGACAGCAGUAGCAAGAAGCAUUCAAGGACAUCUUCUCUAGACCAUAAGGCUGAUUGGGAGGGAAAAAAUCGAGAGCAUGCUCAUUCUCGCAGUGAUCGUCAUAAAGAAAAGGAAAAGGACGGUUCUCCUCGUUCAAGCAGGAAAGCCCACACUGAAAAGUCUCGGCAGGAUGUUUCCAGUCCAAGCCAGAAACGGUUCAUGCAGAAAAAAGAGAGCCCUUCACGAUACCGGAAGAGCCCAAAGAAAAGCCCCUCAAGGCGAAGCUCUCCUUCCCGCAAGUCGCCAUUAUGGAAAUGGUCACCGAGUCGAAAAGCAUCCCCUAGUCGCAGGGUUUCUCCUGGUCGUAAGAGCAUGUCUCCAGUCCGUAGAUAUUCUCCUGGUCGUAAGAGCAUGUCUCCAGUCCGCAGAUAUUCUCCUGUCCGAAAGGGGUCUCCAUCACGAAGAGCAUCAUCUCCCAAGAGAGUGUCACCUUUGCACCGGGUGUCACCUCGAAAGGUGUCCCCUUUGCACAAAAUUUCACCUGCUUGGAGAGCUUCACCAUCUCGUAGAUUGUCACCAGAUCGCAGGACAUCACCAUUUCGAAGGUCACUUUCACGAAAAGAAUCCCCAGUGCGAAAAGUCUCACCUGUACGGAAUAUAUCGCCUAGUAGGAAGACUUCACCAUUGAGGAAACUUUCACCACCCCGCUAUCGAGGACCUGAGUUUGAGCGACGGCGCUCAUUAUCACCAAGGCGUGGUGGAGAGCGACAUGUUCCUAGAAGUCCUUCACCUCGACGUGCAGCUUCCCGGCGGUUAUCACCACCCAGGAACGUUGGCCGGGAACCUAGCAGAGAAGCCAACCGAGAUGUUUGGCGAGACAGCCGUGAAGCUGGGCGGGAACGAAGUCCACGACGAACAAAGCCCCGCAGCCCAGUGCGACGCAGAGGUGGGCAUUCACGGAGUCCUCGUAGGGGAGAUGCUCGCACAUUGGCUCGACGGAGCCGCUCUCCUCAUGGCAUGAACAGGAACGAUGAAAGAUCGAGGCACAGUCGGGAUCACUGGGACCGCAGAGAUGAUAAAGGGCGUCACGGAAACAGCUCUAGAAAAAAGCAAAAAUCACCUUCCUCUUCAUCUGAUGAGAUUGAUGACAUCGAAAUCGAGGAGGACGAAGAUGAAGAGAAGGUGAUUGAACGGCAACGACAGCAACGGCAGGAACUGCUUAAGAGAUUGGGCAUUGAGAACCAAGUUGAAAGCAGUGGAUUUUCAUCUCCAGUGCCUUCACGUGGUAGUGGGACCCACACUCCAGAUUCUGUGAACAUUGAUGACAUGGCCUCGGAAAUUAAUGAGAACAGUGAAGACGCAACUGAUUUUGAGGCUGCGAUUUUGGCCAAGCGCCAAAUGAUGGUUCAAGAAGGCAACAAUGAAACAGACACAGGUCAAGAAAAAAAGAAGCAGUUAGAUAUGUUCUCAGAGGACAUGUUUUCUGAGAAUUAUUCUAGUCCCAACUCAGUUCAGAAGAUAUCUUCGCGAGCUCAAGAAAAUCCGAAUCUUACAGACAAUUGGGAUGAUGCAGAGGGCUAUUAUCGUGUUCGCAUCGGUGAAGUGCUGGACACACGAUAUACUGUUUAUGGCUACACGGGUCAAGGAGUCUUCAGCAAUGUGGUGCGAGCAAGGGACAUGGCAAGAGGAAAUCAGGACGUUGCUGUAAAGAUUAUACGAAACAAUGAAGUCAUGCAUCGCACAGGGCUCAAGGAGCUUGAAAUGCUGAGACGUCUCAACGAUGCUGACCCUGAUGACAAGUUUCAUUGUCUUCGGCUGUUUCGACACUUCUUUCACAAACAGCAUCUGUGUCUUGUUUUUGAGCCACUUAGUAUGAACCUUAGAGAGGUACUGAAGAAGUAUGGCAAAGAUGUCGGUUUGCACAUAAAGGCAGUGCGGUCUUAUAGUCAGCAGCUGUUUUUUGCCCUCAAACUACUGAAGAGAUGCAAUAUCCUACAUGCUGAUAUCAAACCUGACAACAUUUUGGUCAAUGAGACAAAGCUGGUUUUAAAGCUUUGUGAUUUUGGCUCUGCAUCUCAUGUGGCUGAAAAUGACAUCACACCAUACCUUGUCAGCAGGUUUUACCGUGCACCAGAAAUAGUUCUCGGCCUGGGCUAUGACUUUGGUAUUGACAUGUGGAGUGUUGGAUGCACAUUGUACGAGCUUUAUACAGGCAAGAUCAUGUUUCCUGGGAAGUCUAACAACCAGAUGCUCAAGUUCUGUAUGGAUCUCAAAGGAAAGUUUCCUAAUCGUCUUAUUCGAAAAGGAACCUUCAAAGACCAGCAUUUUGAUGCAAACUGCAAUUUUCUCUACCAUGAAGUGGACAAAGUCACUGAGAGGGAGAAAGUGGUGGUCAUGACAAACAUCAAUCAGACCCGUGACUUAUCCAGUGAGUUAAUUGGACGGCAGCGGCUGCCAGAGGAUCAAGUCAAGAAAGUAGGCCAGCUGAAAGAUCUUUUGGAGAAAACCUUGAUGCUUGACCCUGCGAAGCGGAUAUCGAUCAAUCAUGCCCUGGCCCACCCAUUUAUACAUGACAAGAUUUAAAUGGCAUUGGAUCUUCCACAAGAUUUUGGUCAAAGGACUGAAGGAAUUUCCUAGCACCUUAUGUGGAAACUACAAGUGUGUGUGACAGCUCCUGUUGCUUGCCAGUAUCUUGAGAACUGAUAGGCACUUUGGACUGCCUUCUGACAGGUAUUUCUAGCACAGUGCAAAUGUCAGCUAACAUUGAACAUUUUUGCCUACAUUAACAUGUUCACGACAUCACAUUUGGGUGCAAAUCAUGAAACACAUACAGGAAGAUUGGCACAUAUUUGCUUACUGCUUUAAAAUUUUUAGUUGUUUGUAGACGAGUGUUUGUUAAAAAGCACUGAUGCGUCAGCUAUGGAUUGUUUUGUUUACACUGGUAAAUUUUUUUGUAUCAGCUGCUCAGUUAUGCUUCUGAAAUAAAACCACUCAUUUGGUCAGUUUUGUUUAGAUUUACAGCAUGCACAUUGCAAUUUUUCUUACCCACUUCAGCACAAAUGGUUGACAUUCACUUGUCUCCCACGGUCAUUCAUUAGUGUAUGUUGCGUAAAAACUGCAUAUCAAAAACAAAAUAAAAAUCUUAAAAAGAGAGAUGAAAGUAGUUGAGUAGUUUAUUCACCUGACUUAGAUUCAUGCAGUUCAGCAGCAUGUAUCUUGUCAGUGAGACGAGUGUAAUGUUUUUUUCCCCCUCGAUCUGCUAUAGGCACCUUCUUUUUGAAUCGUCUCCUAUGAUUCACACAGUGAUGCCAGUAACUUCAUGGUACUAACAUGCAUUUAUUGGAAAAUAGGAAAAAAUUUUAAUAAUUCUGUUGAAGCGUGCACAUAUUUUGAUAUCUGUAUAGUUGGACGUUUUCAGAGAUUUCAUGUAGUUUGUAUGCAUGGUAUGUGUGUUGUUUCUGAAAAGUUAUCUACAUGUGCAUGUUGGUUCCAGGCAAGUUUGCUAUGUUUUAAUUCUGUAUCUUUGUGAUGUAAAUGUCCCGCACAGAUCAGAAAUGAGUUUUUCACAUAAAAUAACUGUGCUGUGUAAAAGUGUUACAAGAAACAGUUGCAUUCUUAUUUAAAUAAUUUUACACCUAUAUUUCAUUAAUAAAUUAGUUCAGGGAUACUUUAUUCCCAGAAGUUGCAAUAGUUCUAUUUAACAAGUGUGAGAAAAUAUACAGUAAAUAUAUAAAAAUACAAAGUGUACCUAGUAUACCAUCCAAAGCAAGAUAAAAAAUCCAAUAAAAAAACUAUAAAAAACUAAGAAAGGGGUAGGGCAUUAGAAAACUGCUAUCCUUUCAUCUGGCUUGUAUUUACAAUUUAACAUGAAUUAAAUAUUUGUAUUUGCUACAUUCUGCCAAUGAGAUCUCUGCAAUGUAAUGUGCAGGUAAGUUAUUCUGGAAAACAUUUGCAGAUUUUAUCUUAGUUAAAGUCUGUAUAAAUGUCUAAUGUUUGAAUGUAAGGGACCUUUGUUUGUUGCAAUUGUUGCUACACACUAGCAAAGAAAGAAAGUACCGCUUUGUGUAGUGUGCAGCAUGUGUGCUAAGUUCAGUGUGAGAUCAGCUAAAUAAAUGAAUGUCUGUGUUCGGAAAAGAGCAUUGUACUUUCGAAAUAAGCAGUGAAUAUUCUAAAAUUAAACGCGCUACUUGUAGAUCGACGCCCAGUGGAUUGAUAUGUUCAUUGGUCGCUGUAACGUACAUGAAAUCUUGAUCUGUACAUGAGCUCCACGAUUUGAGCAAAGUACUUGUGUUUGUAUUGCUUGUGGUGUAUGCAUGCACUUCUAACAGGUACUGUAUAAGCUCUUGUUAGGUGUGAGUAUUAUAGGUAGACAUCGGCGUAAUGCUUGUAACACCCCUCUAUCUUUCCCAUGAUUUUCAAGCAAGAGAUGACCAGCAGCUGUGUUGAUGCAGCACACAUGUUUACAUCUAGCGCUCAUGUUCAGAGCAGUGUAAAAGUAGAGAAGUUUGUUACUCAUUUCAUGUGGAACAUUUCAUCAUUGUGUUGAAACCUUGUUUUACUAAGUAGUUAAUAUUGUACCUUUUUUGCGUUGUUGCCAGCCUUUUUUUCUUUUUGUAUCAAUCAGGCUGUAAUAAUGAUUGAAUAAUAAGGCAGCCAGAGAAAAACAAAUAAAAAAGUUCAGUUUUGCUCAACCUGAGAGCUGGAGGUUUGAUGCUGCACCAACAGUUUCCUCUUCGUAAUGAUAUAAAGCAAAAACAAACCCAAAGCUUUGGUGUCUAUUCCACUGCCAUGGCUCAUCCAAGGCAGUGUGAAAGUGAGUUCAUUUUACCAAACUGUUGCUCUUAUUCUAUUCCGAUAAGGUGAGAAUCGAACCUCUCUGGAUGUUGGAAAAACAAAUAUAACUUGUGGUGAUAGACUGAAUUAUUACUUUGUUCAUGGCGACCACAUCUGCUUCUGACAUCUAAAGCACUAUGUCUGCUGAAUUCUGAAAGAUGCGAUAUGGCGUAGCAAAAUAAAUUUUUGUUGAUU